UCAUCAUCAAAGAAUUUCAAGUCGCAAAGCGCGACGUCCGACGAGAGAGAGCGGCCUCAGAACAGGAGCGAAGGGAUCCGCCAGAGUCCCCCUGAGUCCAACCAAGCUCGGUCCGGCCCAGUCCCAGGCCCAGGCCCAGGCCCGAGCGGUAGCCUGUAGGUCGCCGGCGAUGCCGUUCCUGUCGACGCCGUCGUUCGACCUAUCCGCCGGCGCAGAGCCAACCCUGGGCCCGCGCUCAGCGGCCCCGCCGCCUCCACCCACGGCGGCCGCGCAUCAUCAGCCGCCGGUGUCCGAGGCGGCGGCCCGGCGGCUUCGGGAGGCGGAGGAGCGGCUGCGGGAAGCCAUCGAGGAGCUACACCGGCACCAGGGCGGUGGCGUUAAGGGAGAUGGGGACGAGCAGCGGGAGGGAGAGCGGGGGUGCGGUCACGACGGGGAGUCAUGCGCGGCGCACGCCGCGGGGAACCUGUGCCAGAGCUUCCUGCUUUCGUACGGUGUCCGCGUCGGCAUCGGCAUCCUCCUCCGCGCCUUCAAGCUCGUGCGCCGCAGGUCCUAUGGCUCGCUCCUCGACCUUAAGCAACUGGUUUCGGAGAAAGAUCUUAUAGUAAGAGAGGAAGCUUGCCGGGUAGGGUUGCUUUUUGGCGGAUUCACUGGAUCAUAUCAUGCACUUCGAUGUUUCCUUAGGAGAUUUAGGAAAAAGGAGACACCAUUCAAUGCAAUAUUAGCAGGUUCGGUGGCAGGAUUGGCCAUACUAGCACUGGAUGAUUCAAGUAGGAGGCGUACUCUAUCUUUAUAUCUUCUAGCAAGGCUCGCUCAGUGUGCAUAUAAUUCUGCAAAAUCUAAGAACAAAUUUCAUUUUUGGGGAAGCCAUUGGAGACAUGGAGAUGCAUUGCUUUUUUCAUUAGCAUGUGCCCAGGUUAUGUAUGCUUUUGUUAUGAGGCCUGAAAGCUUACCUAAGUCGUACCAAGAAUUUAUCCUUAAGACAGGACCAGUAGCAGAACCUGUCUACAAGGUUGUCAAAGAAUGCUGCAGAGGUGGUCCUGUGGAUCUAACUGCCCUCUCAGCCCAUUUAUCAAACAAGAGGAAUCCGGAUUUGAUAAAUUUAACAACAAAUCCAUCCAUUAUCCCAUGUUCUGUGAUCCACCCUGACAGAGCAUCAUGCUUGGCUCAAAAUGUUAAUGUUGUUUCAUCAACAUUCAAGAAGACAUUCCCUCUAUAUUUCUCAUUGACAUUUGUGCCCUUUGUUGUCCUACGUCUUCAAAAGUUCUUGGAAUCGCCAACGACAACUUGUUGGCGUGCUCUUGUGGGUGCAGUUCGCUCCACCACCUUUUUGUCUGCCUUCGUCACUGUAUUCCAGGCUGCUAUAUGUUUGCACCGAAAAGUUGCGAACAAAGACCACAAACUUGUGUAUUGGUUUGCUGGUUUGAUGUCGGGUCUUUCAAUUCUUUUGGAAAAGAAAGCUAGAAGGGCUGAGCUAGCCCUCUAUGUGCUUCCACGUGCUGGAGAUUCCCUAUGGUAUAUAUUGAUCAACCGCCACCUGCUCCCAAAUAUUAAAAAUGCUGAGGUGGCUCUUUUCUGCAUGUGCAUGGGAGGAAUCAUGUAUUUUCUGGAGUACGAGCCAGACACAAUGGCUCCAUUCCUCAGAGGGCUCAUCAGGCGCUUCCUGGCAAGCAAGAUCAGCAAUCCAAGCCCCCCGCCUCCCAAUCGGAAUGCCUCCUACUCGUACCUUCAGACGCUGAAUGCUCUGGAGCAAUCAAGAACCCAACCAGGGGUGGAUAACGGACUGACGACAUCGGAGAAAUACAACCUCGAAUCAAUUCCUGGACUUUAGAGACCUCAUCUGUGGUAUUAGUAAAUUGGGUCUUGUAGCUUGGGGAAGAUCACGAAAACUCGAACACCCAUUACAUGUGCCAUCCUGUGAUGGGUUUAUACUCUGUUAUACGUGUUUGUCUUGAGUGCAAAAUAAAUGGAUAAGCAGAGAUGGUUUGUGCGGGAGUAUGGACUGAUACGAAGCAAUUUGCUCGUUCUUGUACAUGCCCAAGUCCACAAGGUCAGGAUUUGAAUCGGUCACCAGGGGCACGAAGGUAUUUUUUUCGUUGCAUCACAACGUCGAAGACAUGAUCCUGAAUUCCUGACAAACCGAAAGGUCGCCCCGAGCAGCCUCGCAAGGGUGUGCCGAAGCUCUUGCAAUUUCGUUUUUAUCCCUUUUUAAUUUUGUUGUGAUUUUACCUCUGUUCUACAAACGAAGCUCAGUCGUAUUCUUGUGUUGUUACAGUUGACAAUGUUAAAUCUGAUAUGAAAAAACAAAAAUUUGCACACAA